GGUAUCUCAGGACGGGUUUGUCAGUUUCUCAGUUUGUCAGUUUCUCAGCGAAGUCCAUGCCGUGCGGGUGUGCUCGCGGAUAGUAUUGUUGGAAGUCCGGGUCCGUUUUCGAGUUUUGACGUAAACCCCGUGCUAUUAAGGGUCUCCGAUUCGGUUUACGGUUAUAUUCGCGCGAUAUUCCGAGGAAGUGAUAACACUAAUUGUUUACCGCUAGCCAACAGCGGGAUAAUCAAAGAUUAUUUUCGAAAAAAAAAGGCGGUAAAAUAAGAGGUCUCUCAUAAAAAUCGGAAAGCCGGUCCAUAAACCGUAGAGAGUCCGAAACAAAAGCCAAACAAACAAGAGAUAUCAAUACAAUGUCUCGAAAAAUAAUAAUGCCCCCUCUGUGAAAAUAAUAGUAAUUACCAAACAAGCAAAAAACCAGAAAAAACAAGCUUAAAUAUUUAUUGUUUGUUCAUAAAGUUAAAUAUUUGCCGCCGGCAAAUGCCUAAAAAGGUGUCAAGUGUGUCGUGGGAGUGCGAAGGUUGAAUAUUGAGAUCAAAUAAGUGAAAUAAAUAACGAAAAGUUGCCUAAAAAGCCUAAAAGUGAGUCCUAAGAUGUGCGGGUUUUAGAGGACGAGGGAAAGGAUAUCCGAAAAUCAACAGAAACCGACUUAGAUUUCACUACCAAAAAGGUUCAAAUUGAAUCCAAAAUGUGGCUGCAGAUCCUGUUCAUUCUGCCCACUCUGAUCCAGGGAGUCCAGCGCUACGAUCAGAGUCCCCUGGACGCCGGUCCCUACUACCGGAGCGGCGGCGGGCUGAUGUCCAGCUCCGGUAGCGAACUGGACGGCCUGCCCCACCACAACCGCUGCGAACCGAUCACCAUCUCGAUCUGCAAGAACAUACCCUACAACAUGACCAUCAUGCCGAACCUCAUCGGACACACCAAGCAGGAGGAGGCCGGCCUGGAGGUCCACCAGUUCGCUCCGCUCGUCAAGAUCGGCUGCAGCGACGAUCUCCAGCUCUUCCUCUGUUCCCUCUACGUGCCGGUCUGCACCAUCCUGGAACGGCCCAUCCCACCCUGCCGCUCCCUCUGCGAGUCGGCCCGCGUCUGCGAGAAACUGAUGAAGACCUACAACUUCAACUGGCCGGAGAACCUCGAGUGCUCCAAGUUUCCGGUCCACGGCGGCGAGGACUUGUGUGUGGCGGAGAACACCACCUCGGCGGCCUCGACGGCUGCCACGCCCACUCGCAGUGUCACCAAGGUCACCACCCGGAAGCACCAGACCGGAGUGGAGAGUCCCCAUCGGAAUAUUGGAUUCGUGUGCCCCGUCCAGUUGAAGACGCCGCUAGGAAUGGGCUACGAACUAAAAGUUGGCGGAAAGGAUCUCCAUGACUGCGGCGCUCCCUGCCACGCCAUGUUCUUCCCGGAGCGGGAGAGGACCGUUCUGCGCUACUGGGUCGGAUCCUGGGCAGCAGUCUGCGUUGCCAGUUGCCUUUUUACGGUGCUCACGUUCCUGAUUGACUCGUCGCGUUUUCGCUACCCGGAGCGGGCCAUCGUGUUCCUGGCGGUCUGCUACCUGGUCGUGGGCUGUGCCUACGUGGCCGGCCUGGGGGCGGGCGACUCCGUCUCGUGCCGAGAGCCAUUUCCGCCGCCCGUCAAGCUCGGCCGCCUGCAGAUGAUGUCCACCAUCACCCAGGGCCACCGCCAAACCACGUCCUGCACAGUUUUAUUCAUGGCUCUGUACUUCUGCUGCAUGGCGGCCUUCGCCUGGUGGUCGUGUCUGGCGUUCGCCUGGUUCCUGGCCGCUGGCCUCAAAUGGGGCCACGAGGCGAUUGAGAACAAGUCGCACUUAUUCCACCUGGUUGCCUGGGCGGUGCCCGCCCUUCAGACCAUCUCCGUACUGGCCCUCGCCAAAGUUGAAGGCGACAUCCUUUCGGGCGUUUGCUUUGUGGGCCAACUCGACACUCACUCCCUGGGCACUUUUCUGAUCCUGCCACUCUGCAUUUAUCUCUGGAUUGGGGCUCUGUUCCUCCUGGCCGGUUUCAUCUCACUCUUCCGCAUCCGGACCGUAAUGAAAACGGACGGAAAGCGCACCGACAAGCUGGAGCGCCUGAUGCUGAGGAUUGGGUUCUUUUCCGGGCUCUUCAUUCUGCCGGCUGUGGGAUUACUGGGUUGUCUGUUCUAUGAGUACUACAACCUCGACGAGUGGAUGAUCCAGUGGCACCGGGACAUCUGCAAGCCCUUCUCAAUCCCCUGUCCGGCGGCCAGGGCGCCUGGCACUCCGGAGGCGCGGCCCAUCUUCCAGAUCUUUAUGGUCAAGUACCUCUGCUCGAUGCUCGUCGGUGUGACCUCGAGUGUGUGGCUGUACUCCAGCAAGACGAUGGUCAGCUGGCGGAACUUUGUGGAGCGAUUGCAGGGAAAGGAGCCCCGGACCCGGGCGCAGGCGUACGUCUAGUAUGAGACGGGACCACGGACGGGGGGCUGGGAGGGCAAGUCCCGGCAGCAGACGCCGGACCAGACCCCGGACCAGACCCCCGAUCCGGAGGCGGCCAACGAGAGUUACUUAGAGUUUAGCACGUAGACAGACAGAAACCCCGCCCUCCCACAAUACAGUCGUAGUUCGUAGUGGCUUUGUAUAAAGUUCAUCAUCUAUCCCCCGGAAACAGAAAAAAAAACACAAAACAACAAAAAAAUAUGAAGAAAAUAAGCGAUCAAAAUCAAAAGUUACACUAAGCUAUUGUUUGAGUUUAAAAAAAAAAGGAAAAAUAUUAGUGGAUACGGAAGCAAGCUUGUUGAACCAAAACUAUGCAUAUAAGUUGAGACUCUAGCUCUAAGUCGAGUUGUAUUCUGUAGGCUUUCAUUUAUUUCACGGCAUUCGAAUUUCUACCAUCUAUGAUCUUUUUCAUUUUGACGCAAGUGCUAGGUUAGACGUUCGAGAUCAGUUUUGAUUUUUGUGAAAGCUUUAAAUGUGCCCUACCAUUAAUUAAUUGACGUAUUUAAAUAACAUAAGUAUUACAAUUAUGGCAUUAAACGAGAUGUGAGCUUCGAAUCGUGCAAGGCUUAAAUGCAAAAAUUAAAUUCAAUAGUCACACAUUAAACUAUUUUCCAGCCACACACACACAAAAUAAUAAUCUCUCUCUCAUAUACAGUAUACCACUCAUACACUGCAAAAAAAACCAACUUAUGCGCGAUGCUCACAUCUGGGCUUCAUCUAUGUAUGUGUAGAAACAGAAAAAGGAAACCAUAAACUAUAUGAAUGUAUUAUGUAGCAAUAAAUGUCCUCCAUGUGCUAAACUUAAUGCAAAUACGAUUAUUAUAAUUAUAACUGUAACUGUAACUCUAACUCUAACUGUAACUGUAAUUUUAAAUGUAAUUGUAUAUUUGUUGAACUAAUUAAUUCUAAACGCGUAAUGGAAUAAUUUUUAAUUCAAUUUUUUAAAUGACGUUGUAGUCAUAGCACUUAAGUGAACAAACAAACACAAAAACACGCAAACAUUUUGUUGCCACUUUAUGGAAAUUUUGUACACCCAUCCGUACGCCUCAACCACACCUACA